AUAGCAGUGGUUGGUAGAUGAUUUUGUAAAUUGGGAAAAGUAGGCUUAGUGGGAUCCAUAUGGCAAAUAGGAUGCUUAAGAGCAUGACACCUAGAGGGACACUUGUGCUACACACACCUAAGGUUCUCAUGCAUUUAAACAAUCUUUCUUGUUCCUGCAUUAGUUAGAGAGAGAGAGAGAGCAGGAAAAAGUGGAAUCGAAGAAAGAAGAAGAGAAAGAAGGAGGGAGCUUUGCCAGAUUUUCCCCGCCAUCACCAUGUUCAUCAUCUUCUCCACAUUUGUCUAAGUGGCUAAGUGUGGAGGCAUGGUGUCGCAGGUUCAUGGAGCACACAGCUACCCGGUGCUACCGCCAUCACGAGACCCUUGUCUGCCCUUGGAGAGAAUGUGUAGAGAACAAUGUUCCUACUACCAGUUUUUCUCACUCAAGGGAUAUCAAAAAUCUAUUCCAAAAUUGGAUUGGAGAGAACUCAGAGAAGUAAGAGUAGAGUUGAAUUUAAUGGUGAAUCAAAGAAAAAUGGGGAACUAGAAAAGGAUGCGAAGGAAAUGAAGAAUGUGGUUGAAAUUAAAGUUGAAUCAAAGAAAAAUAGGAAAUUGGGUGUGAAGGAAACUAAGAAUGUAGUUCCAAGUGUUGUUGAUUUGGAGGAGAAAAAGAGGGAAUUGAAGAGGCUGGAGGUUGAGUUGGAGAAGAAAAAGCGGGAAUUGGAGAUGUUGGAGAAAAGCAAGAAUGUAGUUCAAGUUGUUGUUGAUGAUGAUGAUGGUGAUGGUGAUGCUGUCGAGGAGAACAGUCAGGGUGACGAUGUAUGUGUUGAUUUGGAGGAUUCAAAGGAGUCAGAAUCAUCUAGUGAAGACGAUAGAUAUUGGAGAAAAAGAGUUGACAUAUGGAAAAAAAAGAAUUUAGUUCAAAGUGGUGUUGAUUUGGAGGAGAAAAAGAGUUGACAUAAAGAAAAUAAGAAUGUAGUUCCAAGUGGUGUUGACUUUUCUCCUUUUUCCACCCUGAACCAUUUUUUCUUUUCCCUUAGCAUUAACUCUCUCUCUCCAUAACUCUGCACUCAUCUUUAUCUUCUUCUUCUUCUUCUUCAUCAUCUUCAUCAUUUGCAUUAAUUCUUUCCCUCUCCAUACCUCUACACUCAUCUUCUUCAUCAUUAUCAUCACAAGGACGCGUCUCAUCAGAACUAACAGAGCUCCAAGAAUUCUCCACUCUAAAAUCCUCGUCUUCAGUGGAUGAUUCCGACUCCUCUGAGUCCUCCAAAUCAGCAUACAUCACCAUCCUGACUCUUCUUCUGAAUUCCAACCUCUGAUGGAGUUUGACUCGAUAGCCUACCUUCCCCUCAUUAAUCUUAACCCCAUCACUCUUCUCAGCCAUAUUUUCACUGGAUGAAGCAACCUCGUUAGCAUCACCAUCAUCAUCAACAACUUGAACUACGUUCUUAAUUUUCUCCAACAUCUCCAAUUCCCUAUUUUUCUUCUCCAACUCAACCUCCAACCUCUUCAAUUCCCUCUUUUUCUCUUCCAAAUCAACACCACUUGGAACUACAUUCGUAUUUUCCUUCACACCCAAUUUCCCAGUUUUCUUUGAUUUAACUUUAAUUUCAACCACAAUCUUCAUUUCCUUCACACCCUUUUCUUAUUCCUCGAUUUUCUUUAUUCACCAUUUAAUUCAAUUCUACUAUUACUUGAUCUGCAAAUUCGCUAGGCCGCCACAAGCUAAAAGUUUGAGCAAUAUUGCCUGUCGCACUGCAAAAAAUAUCAUGAUUGCACUUCACAGUACCUCGAAAUUUCUGGUUUGUACUUCAUGUAUAUUCUAUUCAUUGAUGUCAAAUACUGGUGUUUUUGUUAUUUCUCUUAUUAGUCCCUUGGAUCGUUCUUUAUGGGGUUGAGUAACUAUAGAUAAUGAAAUAGUUCGGAAAUGUUUCUGAAAUAGA